GGCAGUUUUAUUCAAGUUUGAGCGCUCGAAUCUGCAACAACGUGCACGCAAAACUCUCAAAAUUCCCUUUAAAAAUAUAUCAAAAUCACAAGGCGAGCGAAAAACCUCAAGGAAAAACGCUAAACGUGUCGCAGUUUCUUGGAAAAUAUCAAAUAUUUUUGGCAACAUCUCGUGUUUUGUGCAAGUGUGUGUGGAGCGGAAAACUUAAACAACCAACAAACAAAAACAACAUCUACUCUACAAAACUCUGUUCUGAGAAUGUGAAUAAAUAUCAACAAAUUAAAAAAAAACUAAAGAAAAUUAAAACGAAUUCAAAUAACUACGAAAAACUAUAUGCGAAAAUAACGUACAAGUGUUCCAAAAAUUAAUUUGGCCACUUAACACCUUCGAUACUGUGCCCCAACUGCGGCAUUUUCAUUAUUUCGUGGCAACCAGGUGAACCGUAGGCCUUAAACUGGCGCUCAAGGUCAGGAAGCACCUAUCCUUCUACCCGCCGACGCUGCUGAGCGCCGCCUUCACCAGUUUGAACGGUGUGUACAACCACAGCAGCAGUAGCAGCGAUCCAGCUCCAGACGAGGAGCCCGACCAGCCAUCAAACCAUCACCAUCAUUCAAGGGUGAGCCACCACAAUCCGAGGGAGCCAAAGCACGAUAUCAGGGAUCGCGAGGUGGAUCGCGAGGAACGCGACCAGGAGAUGGGCGGCCCCACGGCGCCGGUGGCCAGCAGCGGCGAGGUAGGCCAGACCUACUGCCUCCGCUGGAACAACCACCAAACGAACCUGGUCCAGAUAUUGCAUGCCCUGCACGAAGUCGGCAGCUAUGUGGAUUGCACUCUGGUCGUAGAUGACGAGCAGUUCCAGGCUCAUCGCGUGGUUCUGGCCGCCAAUUCCCCAUAUUUCCAGCACAUUCUUAAGGAUGUGCCCCAGGACCAUUGCAGCAUUAUCCUUCCCGGAGUCAAGGGCUUCGAGAUUGCCGCCCUGCUGCAGUACAUGUACACGGGCGAGACAACGGUUACCAAAAGCCAGGAGCCGGAGAUCCUGCGCACGGCCAAGGAGCUGCAGGUCAAGGGUCUGUACGACAACCUCAUGAAGUUCAACCACCACAGUUCCGGCAGCCAUGCCAGCGUCACGCCCACCUCCAGUUCGGGAGCUGGCGGAGCCAAGCCCCAGAACGGCUCGGCAUCCAACCACUCUUCGUCCGUGAUCUCUACAUCCACACACAUCUCGCCUAGUGCCGCCAUCUCGAGCAGCUGCUCGCCACCACCGCCGCCCCAAUUUGGCUAUCAGCCGGGCUUCAGCCACUAUCCGCAGCAGCAACCGUUGUCGGCCAGUCAAAUUCCAGCUGGUGAGGCUCCUUUGACUCCCACCCAGACCACACCACACUCGGCGCCAUCGGGCGCGGGAGAACCAGCCGGCCAGUGGCCACUGACUCCCUCUGCCGCCGCUGCCAUGUUGAACUCCGUCUACGAAUCUGCCGCUGAUAUGAAUCCUCUCAAGCGCAAGAAGCUGUCUGCCAUCUCUAGCAUGCUUCUGAGUGGAAACCGCGAUACUCCGAUCCUAAGAAACGUUCUGGCCCAAGCUAAUCCCGCUGAUUCCUCGCAACCUGGACCAAUGGCCAUUAAUGGAGAAAAGACGCCCACACAUCAGCAUCAGAAUACACAACUUCCUGCCGGCUUGGGAGUAAGUGGUGGCGAGCGUAACCAUAGCUUCAAUGGAUCUGACUACGGCGGCGAUAAGGAACCACUUUCACCGUACACAGAUCGCUCCUUUGAGGAGGAAACCGGUCAGUCCGGUGGCAAGAAACCUGAAUGGAAGCGCUAUAAGCAGUACACCCGGGCGGACAUGAUGUGUGCCAUCCAGGCGGUAAGGGAGGGCAUGAGUGCCCUUCAGGCGAGCAGGAAGUACGGCCUGCCCAGUCGCACGCUCUACGACAAGGUCCGUAAGCUAAACAUCACCACUGGUCGUGGCACCCAUCGCGCGCCCAAACGUAGUCCUCCGGGCGCUGAAUCCUCUCAAGGUUUCACAUACUCCGCUGCUGCAGCCGCUGCUGCUCACAACUACGGACAUGGACACGGUCAUCACUCGGAGGGCAAGCGUGAUCCGAAGGUGGACCAUGUCCCCGCUCACCAUGGCAUGCCACCCACCAUUCCGCCCUCAGCAGCAGCCCUCCUCGAUCACGCUUUCCUCCAGCAGGCCCUGGAGAAUCGGGGUGGUGACAUGGCCGGCCGAGAGGCUCUCCAUGCCAUGGCCCUGGCGGCAGCUGCACAUGCUGCUGCCAAUCGCAUGUCGAGCAGUCCAGCGGAGAUGGACCAGCGCUCCAAUGGCCACGGCAUGCGGUCACCGAGUCCGCAGGGUCGUCACUACUCGCACGACCAGGAAGCCAUGGAUCUGGAAAUGGAGAAGCAUGAACAGAACAUGAUCAAAAGGGAACGCGACCAAGAUGAGCGUGAGGAUGCGGACGACGAGGAGGACCACGAGCAGGAGCAUGUGGAGGAUCUCUCGCUGGCCAGGAAGGAGCGAGCGCAUUCUCCCUACUCGCCCCAGCCAGCCGAGGGUGCCGGAGUGAUUAUGCACGCCAGUAGUGCGCCUGCCAAUGGCAAGGAUCACGAAGAUUACCCAGCCUCGCCACAGUUCUUGCCCAUGGGCCUCAAGAGGGAGCUGCUGGAAGGCGAGGAUGCUCAGGCUCGGGCCGACUGAUUGACGCUCACCAUGGCCUGGCAAUAUGCCACGGACAGCCUCGACUCCUUGGAGUAGGCCAGGCUUAGAUAGCAACUCCUAUUAUUCCCCGUUAUUAGACCCAUCCUUGUGUUACUUUCCUUACUAUCGGCGACUCAGGCGCCGACCAGCGUUGGUGAAGCUUUAAACGAAGAAACCUCAUCCCAGUCGUUGUGGGAAUCAUCCGCACCAGCACCUGGCACCCAUCCAAAAUCAAACCCACACACUAAAAUAAAUUGUUGUCAGCAUCACUUUGUGCCUAAAAACAGAAAUGUUAGGAAAUAAAAUAGAGAAUAGCUUAGGAUAGAUUAUGGACACCUUAGGCUUAGGCACUCGUAGGCCAUCUUUGGAAACCAGCUAGUUGUAGGCCUUAAAACAGCUCAACCAUCCCAGAUCCCAGUCAACUGACAAACUAGGAUAUGUAAGCCGACUUACAUAAGACUGAAGGCGGGAUCAGAGAUGGCGAUGGAUGAGCUAACUAAGGACAGAGCAGAAGAGGCUCCCAUUGGAAAUGGUUAGCGAGUUAGCUACACCAUGUACAACUUUGUUAAAUGCCAGUGAUUUGUUUUAAAAAUUAUUAGCACUAGAUUAUUUAUAACGACCAGUAUGUGAAACGCAUGUACGUGGCCUUAAUUUGUAUGAUUUUCGAAGCGAAGAGUUAGAAGAAGUUAGAAGAGAUCCCACUUGAACAGAACUACCUCAAAUAGCGUAUCUUUGUUAGCCUCAUGUUAUCCUGUUAGCGAGAUAUAUAUGUAUAUUAAUCGUCCUGGGUUGAAUUUAUAAGACUGACACCGACUCAAACGUACCACGAGCAAGAGCACACGCAUUAAAAUAAAAUUACAAACUAAACUUAAAUACGAAUCGAGAUCCUUAGUUAAUUAGCUGUAAGUUUCAGGCAAAUUGAUUAGUUCUAAGCCACACCAACCUAAACGUAACCACUAAAACUAAACUAUUUAUAAGGCAAACAAAACAAAAACAAAAAACAAAUGAAAACAUGCGCUGGGGGCAAUGCAAUAGGCUCUUUAAUUAUAAACACCUACACUUAUAUAACUAUAUAGUCGUACGGUCGAUAAUGUUAAAUUGUUAUACGAGUAACUCUGUACAUAGCAUCAUAGUCCACACAUACACAUGCGAAUUCUAGAUCUAGUUUUAAGUAUUCCAAAUUGUGCUGCAAUUUAAAUUAUCCCUAAACACCCAACUUUCAUCAUGUAAAGAUCAGCGAAAGAACGCGAAAUAAACUGACUGAAGUAUCAAAUAA